UUUUCAUCUAAAUUCAAUUCCACUGACAAUAAAAAAUAUGAUCUCUCUAAACUCGUGGCAUCUCCUCCACAUAUUUGCAUGCAUUCUUCUUCUGACUCAGACAUAUUCUAAGGAUGACAGAAAGACCUACAUUGUUUACAUGGGUGAUCAUCCCAAGGGAGUCGUCCAAUCCACAGAAUUACUUCACAUUAGUAUGGUUCAAAACAUCCUCGGCAGCAAAUUUGCCCCAGAUGCUUUGCUACAUAGCUACAAGAAGAGUUUUAAUGGAUUUGUUGCAAAGCUAACAGAAGAGGAAGCAGCGAGAAUGGCAGGAUUGGAUGGUGUGGUUUCGGUCUUCCAAAACAAAAAGAAUAAGUUGCAAACAACAAAGUCUUGGGACUUCAUAGGCUUUUCUCAGAAUGUCAAAAGAACAAGUAUAGAGAGCGACAUAAUUGUUGGAGUAAUAGAUUUCGGAAUUUGGCCAGAGUCUGAUAGUUUUAAUGACAAAGGAUUUGGUCCACCACCACAAAAAUGGAAGGGCACUUGCCAUAACUUUACCUGCAACAACAAAAUAAUUGGAGCAAAAUAUUUCCGCAUGGAUGGUUCAUUUGGAGAAGAUGACAUAAUAUCACCCAGGGAUUCAAAUGGCCAUGGAACUCACUGUGCAUCCACUGCUGCUGGAAACUCAGUUGAGUCCACAAGCUUCUUUGGCCUUGCCUCAGGGACAGCAAGAGGAGGAGUUCCAUCGGCACGAAUCGCGGUGUACAAACCUUGUUGGUCAUCUGGCUGCGAUGAUGCCGACAUCCUUCAAGCAUUCGAUGAAGCCAUCGCAGAUGAUGUUGACGUCAUUUCCAUUUCCUUGGGACCUGUGAGUGUCGAUCACCGCAACUAUUUUGAAGAUGUGUUCGCCAUUGGGGCUUUCCAUGCAAUGAAGAAAGGAAUAUUAACGUCCCAUUCUGCUGGUAAUGAGGGUCCAGAGCUUUCUACAAUGUCUGUUUAUGCUCCAUGGUUACUUUCUGUGGCUGCAAGCACUACAGACAGAAAGCUUUUUACCCUUGUUCAGUUGGGUGAUGGCACAGUCUAUGAGGGAGUUUCAGUCAAUACAUUUGAUCUUAAAAACGAAAGUUAUCCAUUAAUUUAUGCUGGAGAUGCACCCAACAUCACUGGUGGAUUCAAUAGAUCCAUAUCCAGGUCAUGUAUCCAAAAUUCUUUGGAUGAGGAUUUGGUAAAGGGAAAGAUUGUUCUGUGUGAUGGUUUGAUUGGUUCUAGAUCUUUGGGAUUGGCUUCUGGAGCAGCCGGUAUUUUACUAAGAAGUUUGGCGUCAAAAGAUGUUGCAAAUACAUUUGCAUUACCAGCCGUCCACCUUAGCUCAAACGAUGGGGCACUCAUACACUCUUACAUAAAUUUAACAGGUAAUCCAACUGCCACUAUAUUUAAGAGUAAUGAAGGCAAAGACUCGUUAGCCCCUUACAUAGCUUCAUUCUCAUCUAGAGGUCCAAAUCCAAUCACUCCAAACAUUCUCAAGCCUGAUUUAGCUGCUCCUGGAGUUGACAUUUUGGCUGCAUGGUCUCCAAUUAGUCCUGUUGCUGGGGUCAAAGGUGAUGAGAGAAAUGGAAACUACAAUAUAAUAUCAGGCACCUCAAUGGCAUGCCCUCAUGUUACUGCAGCAGCUGCCUAUAUCAAAUCAUUUCAUCCUGAUUGGUCUCCUGCAACAAUCAAAUCAGCAUUAAUGACUACUGCUACCCCAAUGAGCAUUGCACUUAAUCCUGAAGCUGAAUUUGCUUAUGGUGCUGGACAAAUCAACCCCAUCAAAGCAUUGAAUCCUGGCUUAGUAUAUGAUGCCAAUGAAAUUGAUUAUGUCAAGUUUUUGUGUGGACAAGGUUAUGAUACUAAAAAGCUAAGGAGUAUUACAGCUGAUAAUAGCAGUUGUACACAAGCCAAUAAUGGAACAGUUUGGGAUCUAAAUCUCCCAUCCUUUGCACUCUCCAUGAACACCCCAACAUUUUUUAGUCGCGUUUUCCAUAGAACUGUUACCAAUGUUGGAUCUGCUACAUCAAAAUAUAAAGCUAGAGUAAUUGCACCUCCAUCUUUGUUAAACAUUAUAGUGGAGCCAGAAGUUUUGUCCUUCUCAUUUGUGGGUCAAAAGAAGUCCUUCACUCUUAGGAUUGAAGGGAGAAUUAAUGUGGGUAUAGUUUCUUCUUCUUUGGUUUGGGAUGAUGGCACUUCACAAGUAAGGAGUCCUAUUGUAGUGUACUCUGAAUAAAAAUAAUUUUCAUGUAAAGAGUCUACCUAUUGUUGUGUAUGCUGAAUAAAAAUGAUUUGAUGUUAGUAAAACUUUGAAGUAUUCAUAAAAUCUUUUGGGGUGAUUAGUGUGUGUAAGUUAUUUAAAGUAAAGAUUAAAUAUGUUUUCAAUUUUCAUAAAUAUAAAUACAAGUUUUAAUUUCUGUCU